AUGGAAACUGAAGCAAUAGGUGAUCAUCUAAUUGAGUUGGAUGUUCCAUCAGAAUAUGGACUUAAAUUCCAUUUAAAUCAUGAAUUUCCACUUAAAAGCAAACAACUAAUUAUACCUAGACCGAAACAAAUUCUUGAAAUGAUGCCCCUUACAACUAGAUAUAUCAAGUAUUAUUUAGCAAGAAAAAUUCAAAAAAGAAAACCAAUCAUGGAUUAUAUUCAUAUGAUAUCAGCUCAAAGAAUGUAUGGUUGUCCUAUAGGUGGUAUUGGGGGUGGAACAAUCGGGAGGGGCUUCAAAGGUGAAUUUUGCCGUUUCCAACUUUAUCCUGGCAUUUACGAAUAUGUCACAGUACCAGAAUGUCAGUUUAUUGUAAAUAUUAGGGAUGCUAAAAAAGAAACCAUUUUCCAAUCUGUACUAUCUACAUAUAACAAAACAAAAAAAUCACCACAGUCAUGGGAAUGGAAAAUUAAUGGUGCUGAUUGUGAAUAUACAGCUUUGUAUCCUAGAGCUUGGACUACUUAUGAUCUUACUAAAUAUGGAAUUAAGUUAGUUUGUCGACAAAUAUCACCAGUGAUACCACAUAAUUAUAAGGAUAGUAGUUUGCCCUGUGCUGUGUUUGUAUUUUCUGCCAAGAAUGUUAGCAACGAGCAUCGAGAUGUUAGCAUUACAUUCACAUGGACUGAGGUCUUAGGAGAACCUAACAAAAAAAAAUCUAUAGGCAAAUUAGAUCUAGAGAGAUAUUCUGAAGAGAACACAUGCGGGGUAACAUUAGAGCAAAAAGUGGCGGACCAGCCUUGUACAUUUACAAUAGCUAAAAAGAAACAAGAAAAUGAAACUAUACACGAGGGCUAUUGUCUAUGGAACUCUACGAAAACAUCCGAAUACGUGUGGGAGUGUUUGAAAAAACACGGGAAGUUGGAGCCUGACCCGAACCAAGCGCCGUCGCCGCCCAAAGUAGCUGAUAAAUCGGAUAGCAAAAAUGAUGAUAAAGAAAAACCAAAGAAAAUCUACAAAAACGACUCUAUUGGAUUAUCAAGCUCAAUAUCAUUAGAUCCCGGAGGAUGCGGCUCUACGGAGUUUUGUCUUGUUUGGGAUAUGCCUGUCAUAAAAUAUAAAAAAGAUUGUAAAAUACAUAAAAGAUAUUAUACAAAGUAUUUCGGCAGCGACGGUAUUGCGGGUGCCAGUAUAGCGGCGUACGCACUCAGGAAUUAUAAUAACUGGGAGAAACAACUUGCCGAAUGGCAAGAUCCUAUACUAACUAACAGCAAUAUUCCAGAAUGGUUAAAAAGUGCCUUAAUGAACGAGCUUUACUUCAUCGCGGACGGCGGCACCAUCUGGUUCGACGUGUCCGACGAAUACCCCGAGACGGAUCCUCGACAUGAAUUCGGCGUGUUUGGGUAUUUGGAAGGGCACGAGUACCGUAUGUAUAAUACGUAUGACGUACACUUUUAUGCAUCCUUUGCGCUCGCACAGCUCUGGCCUAAUUUACAGGUGGUGCUACAGUACAUGUUCCGUGAUUCGAUAGCAGUGGAGACAACGAAAAUUAGGCAAUCAUUGUAUGAUGGAAAAUCUUGUAAAUUCAAAAUCAAAGAUUCUAUUCCACAUGAUUUGGGUGACCCGGAGGGUAUACCGUUUUCGAAUAUCAACGCGUACAACAUACACGACGUGUCUGAAUGGCGGGACUUGAACCUGAAGUUCAUCCUGCAAGUGAUGCGCGACCACCGGCUGCUGCGCGCGCACAACGCGCCCUUCGGCGGCGAGCGCUACCGCUCCAUGGCUUUCAUCGACGACGUGCGCGAUGGCACCGAGGACGACCUGUACUCGCGCUCCACGGGGCAGGCCGACGCGUCCGCCGACCUGUCGCCCGCCGCGACCGCCGACCUGUCCGCCGACCUGUCCACCGACCCGUCCGCCGACCCGUCGCCCGUGGCCUGCCCGCGCCCCAACGCGGUCGAGGACAUACUCGACCUGUUGUACCGCAGCGCCGAGGAGGAGGAGUUCAAAGAGAAACUCGAGCCGCGCGAAGCGGCGGUCGCCGUAUGGGACUCCAAGCAGUAUCUGAUGGACAUGUAUCCGUCCUGCUCUGCACUACUGCGGCGUGCCUUGGUGUGGGAUAAGGAUGGCGAUGGUUUGAUAGAAAAUGGAGGUUUCCCCGAUCAGACUUAUGAUGCAUGGGUUAUGACUGGUCCCAGUGCCUAUUGUGGAGGUUUAUGGGUGGCUGCAGUAAGUGCAGUGAAGGUAAUGGCGCGUAUCCUGGGCCACGAGGACGACGAAAAAGAGUUUUCGAAGCUUCUAGAACAAGCGCGGACUUCGUACGAGAAGAAGCUAUGGAAUGGGUCUUUCUACCGCUUCGAUACAAAGCCGUCUAAUAGUGACGUCAUCAUGGCAGACCAGCUGGCCGGUCAUUGGUUCCUCCGCGCGUCCGGGUGGACGGAGCAGGUGUUCCCCGCCGCCAACGUGCGCAAGGCGCUGCACAGCAUCUACGACAACAACGUGCUGCGCUUCUGCCGCGGCGGCAUGGGCGCCGUCAACGGCUUCGUGCGCGGCGCCGGCGUCGACACCGCCGCGCUGCAGAGCGAGGAGGUGUGGACCGGCGUCGUGUACGGGCUCGCCGCGCUCAUGAUAUACGAGGGUAUGCACGAGCAAGCGUUCGCAAUGGCGGGCGGGCUUCACUCCACUCUGAUGAAAAUGGGCCUGUCCUUCGAGACUCCCGAGGCGCUGUACGAGAACGGCAACCACCGGUCCAUCGCCUACAUGCGACCCCUCGCCAUAUGGGCCAUGUACCAGGCCAUACUAAGCAAGCCCAGCAGCCCCACACCUGCCACCAACGGACAACUCAAUCACAAAAAUUUA